UAUUAUUCAACAAAUUAAGUAAUUUCAAACCCAACGAUAAACCUUGAUAAAACCCCAAGCGAGGAAACCCAACCAAGAAUCAAUUUUCAGUUUUCUUCAUUAACUUUCCGUUCCGUUCCUCCCGAAUACCGCGUCACUGGGUUUCAUGCAGAGACAGUGAUCAUUACAAUAGGAAGAUUUUAGGCGCCGGAAUUCGACAAGUUUAUAAUUUUGUUUGAUCAGAGAACGAUGGUGAUGGAGUCGGGCAGCUCGCCUGGCGUCGGUUCACCGCAAUGCCCUUUAGACUUUUCAUUUGCAUUCAACAACGUCGGUUUCUCUGAUAGGAUUCUCAAGAUUGAGAUCACGGACGACCCUCCCGAGUCCUGCCCCGACCGCGACGCCCUGCUCACCCAUGCUAAUGGCCGUGAAGCUGCUCAGGGCAAUGAAACAUCCCCCAGCAUGGAUCAUUCUGUAGUGCGAGAGAGGAUUAUAUACUUCAGCUCUCUAAUUUUAGCAGCACAUAGUCCAUUCUUCUACAAAGUAAGUUGUGUUUAA